GUUGGUCAUAUUUCGUUUUCGUACACUUCAAUUAUAACAUUUCAUUGUGCCUUUCAUGUCCACUCUAAUAUACUCCAAGCCCCUUUUAUUACGCUGCAUUAUUAGUCUAAAACCCUUUUAUCUGCAAAAGUAACCUUUUCGAAUACAUGUCAUACAUGUAUUUGACAUAAGCUCCAUCUUGUAUGUAAAUUUCUCUACUCUUAUAAUCUUUAAUCCUCUUUUUAGUUACGGAUAAAACAUCUUACAGUAGAAGUAUAGAAUAAAAUUUUAAAAUUAAAAAACGAAAGUUGCAAACUUUAAUAAACAGUUUGUUUGUUUGUUUAUCAUUUUCUCUUCCCUUUACCCUUUCAAGCGCCACUUUUUCUUCCUAAAUCCUCUCUCAAAUCUCUCUCUCAGUUUCCGAUAAAGGAAAAAACAAAAGCUUCAAUCUCAAUCUUUCACUUAGCUGAAAAAGUGUUAACAGACUGUGAACCAGAGAGAGAGAGAUGGGAGGUGUGACGUCAUCAGUUGCGGCGAAGUUCGCUUUCUUCCCACCGAGUCCAGCCUCUUACAGGCUGAUAACCGACGAAAUGACCGGACUUCUCGUGAUGAACCCGUUUCCUCACCGCGAAAACGUGGAGAUAUCGAAGCUGCCGACACGUAGAGGAACAGAGAUCGUGGCUAUGUACGUGAGACACCCGAUGGCUACAUCAACUCUGCUUUAUUCACAUGGAAACGCAGCCGAUCUGGGUCAGAUGUAUGAGCUCUUCAUCGAAUUGAGCAUCCAUCUUAAGGUUAAUCUUAUGGGGUAUGAUUACUCUGGGUAUGGACAAUCUACUGGAAAGCCAAGUGAGCACAAUACAUAUGCUGAUAUUGAAGCUGCUUAUAAAUGUCUUGAAGAGACCUAUGGAGCAAAACAGGAAGACGUUAUCCUCUAUGGCCAAUCCGUAGGAAGUGGACCUACGUUAGACCUCGCUGCAAGAUUACCUCAGUUAAGAGCUGUUGUUCUCCAUAGCCCGAUUCUUUCAGGUCUAAGAGUUAUGUAUCCUGUGAAGAAGACGUACUGGUUCGACAUCUACAAGAAUAUCGACAAGAUCCCACUUGUGAAUUGCCCUGUUCUUGUCAUUCACGGAACUAGUGAUGAAGUUGUUGACUGUUCCCAUGGAAAACAACUAUGGGAACUCUCUAAAGAGAAGUACGAACCGCUUUGGCUCGAAGGCGGUAACCAUUGUGAUCUAGAACAGUACCCUGAAUACAUCAAACACCUCAAGAAGUUCAUCGCAACCGUAGAGAGAUCUCUCUCCUCUAGGAAGAGCACAUGCCAAUCAGAAACCCAGAGCAGCGAUGUUGAAAUGCCGAGGCAGAGCGUUGACAGAAGAGAGAAGCCAAGACAAAGCGUUGAUAGAAGGGAUAAAGAGAAACCACCAAAGAGUCAGUCCAAGAAGAGUAAGCUGAGAAUCACUUUUGAGCAGCAUUUGGAUCGGUCGAGGAGGAGCGUUGACCUUCACGAGAAGGCAAGGAAGAGCGUUGACCACUAUAGUCAUCAUCAUCAGAAUAAUCAUGAGAUUGAGAGAGGAAGGAAGAGUGUUGAUAGAUUGGACAGAGUACGGUCGGAAUAAACAUGGAGAAAUCUAUAAUACGUACAUAUUGUUGUUACAGAACGAGACCAUUUGAUCUUGAUCUUGAUUGCAGUUCUAAUGUUGAUGUUUUUUUCCUUGUUUUGUUUGCGAGUUAUUCUGUAGUUUAUUUAUUUGGGGUGUUAUUAUCUGAACUGGUGAAGCUUAAUGUCUUAAGCAAACAAUUGAGUGAGAUUAGGACUUUGCAUUAGCAUGGAUUUUA